AUGGCCGCGGCCACCUCCCCUCCCAGGGCCGAGAGAAAGCGCUGGGGCGGGGGCCGCCUGCCGGGCGCCCGGCGGGGCAGCGCGGGCCUGGCCAAGAAGUGCCCCUUCUCGCUGGAGCUGGCCGAGGGCGGCCCGGCGGGCGGCGCGCUCUACGCGCCCAUCGCUCCGCCAGGCGCCCCGGGGCCCGCGUCCCCCACCGCGCCCGCCGCGCCCCCCGCCGCCGCCGACCUUGGCCCGCGGCCGCCGGUGAGCCUCGACCCGCGCGUCUCCAUCUACAGCGCGCGCCGCCCGCUGCUCGCGCGCACUCACAUCCAGGGCCGCGUCUACAACUUCCUGGAGCGCCCCACCGGCUGGAAGUGCUUCGUCUACCACUUUGCCGUCUUCCUCAUUGUUCUGGUCUGCCUCAUCUUCAGCGUGCUGUCCACCAUCGAGCAGUAUGUCGCCCUGGCCACGGGGACCCUCUUCUGGAUGGAGAUCGUCCUGGUCGUGUUCUUUGGGACGGAGUACGUGGUCCGCCUCUGGUCAGCCGGCUGCCGUAGCAAGUACGUGGGCGUCUGGGGCCGGCUGCGCUUUGCCCGGAAGCCCAUUUCCAUCAUCGACCUCAUCGUGGUCGUGGCUUCCACGGUCGUCCUCUGCGUGGGCUCCAAAGGGCAGGUGUUUGCCACCUCGGCCAUCAGGGGCAUCCGCUUCCUGCAGAUCCUGCGGAUGCUGCACGUCGACCGCCAGGGGGGCACGUGGAGGCUGCUGGGCUCCGUGGUCUUCAUCCACCGCCAGGAGCUGAUCACCACCCUGUACAUCGGCUUCCUGGGCCUCAUCUUCUCCUCCUACUUCGUGUACCUGGCCGAGAAGGACGCCGUGAACGAGUCGGGCCAGGUCGAGUUCGGCAGCUACGCGGACGCCCUCUGGUGGGGGGUGGUGACGGUCACCACCAUCGGCUAUGGGGACAAGGUGCCCCAGACGUGGGUCGGGAAGACCAUCGCCUCCUGCUUCUCCGUCUUCGCCAUCUCCUUCUUUGCGCUUCCGGCGGGGAUUCUGGGCUCCGGUUUUGCCCUGAAGGUCCAGCAGAAGCAGAGGCAGAAGCACUUCAACCGGCAGAUCCCGGCGGCAGCCUCGCUCAUCCAGACGGCGUGGCGGUGCUACGCGGCCGAGAACCCCAACUCCUCCACCUGGAAGAUCUACGUCCGGAAGCCGCCCCGCAGCCAUGCUCUGCUCUCCCCCAGCCCCAAGCCCAAGAAGUCUGCCAUGGUAAAGAAAAAAAAGUUCAAACUGGACAAGGACAACGGGGUGAGCCCGGGAGAGAGGAUGCUGACGGUCCCGCACAUCACUUGCGACCCCACUUCGGAGGAGCGGAGGCCUGAACACUUCUCGGUGGACGGCUACGACAGUUCUGUGAAAAAGAGCCCCACGCUGCUGGAAGUGAGCACGGCCCAUUUCACGAGAACCAACAGCUUUGCCGAGGACCUGGACCUGGAAGGGGAGACUCUGCUGGCGCCCAUCACCCAUGUGUCGCAGCUGCGGGAGCACCACCGGGCCACCAUCAAGGUCAUUAGGCGCAUGCAGUAUUUUGUGGCCAAGAAGAAAUUCCAGCAAGCGCGGAAGCCCUACGACGUGCGGGAUGUCAUCGAGCAGUACUCCCAGGGCCACCUCAACCUCAUGGUGCGCAUCAAGGAGCUGCAGAGGAGGCUGGACCAGUCCAUCGGGAAGCCCUCCCUCUUCAUCUCCGUCUCAGAGAAGAGUAAGGACCGAGGCAGCAACACGAUCGGUGCCCGCCUGAACCGUGUGGAGGACAAGGUGACGCAGCUGGACCAGAGGCUGGCGCUCAUCACAGACAUGCUGCACCAGCUGCUCGCCCAGCACCACGGAGGCUCCCCGGGCAGCCGGCCUUCCAGCGGGGGCGGGGCCCAGGUGGUCCAGCCCCACAGCGGUGGCUCUAUCAACCCCGAGCUCUUCCUGCCCAGCAACGCGCUACCCACCUACGAACAGCUGACCGUGCCCCGCGGGGGCCCCGACAAGGGCUCCUGAUGGGGGCUCGGGGCCCAGGCCUGAGAGGGGAGGCCCGGAGGAGCCCUGCCCGGCCCACCCCACCUCCCACUCAGCACAGGCACCGCUAGGCCUCAGCCCCCUCUCGAAGGCCCGAGACGGCAGUCCCGCCCUCCAGGGCCCCAGACGCCCGGUGGACGACAGGGCCCUGCGGCCUGCCUGGGGGGCUCAAGACCGCCUCUUCCCAGCCAGCGGGUACUAGAAUUUGGCUGGGUGCUGGGAGGAGGGGCCUCUCGGCUCCAAGACCGGGGUCCCCCCAUUGCCUGCCUGAUACUCGGGACAGAGCGGCAGGAGGUCAGGCCGGGCAUCCCAGGCACUUGGUCUGUCCCAUGUAUGGCCAGGGAGCCGCACAGCUGUGUGCAGGCCCCGGGGCAUUCCUGAGGGGAGACAGAGGGACGGCCUGGACAGGGUCUGUGAGGACCCCACCCCCAGCCUCAAAGCCAGGCCCAGGGGGACCCAGGGAGAAGGCAGGCCAGGCAGGGCAGGGCAGGCCCAGCCCAUGCCGAACAAAGGAUGCCCACGGGCAAGGCCCAAUCAAGGCCCCCCCGGGCCUGGGCCUGACUCCCUCAAGCUCCAGAGAUGCUGACUCAGGCCAGGAGCUGGCGGGGAGCUGCUCCUGAGGCCACAGCUUCCAACGGGAGGGACGUGUCCACCGCUGUGGCCAGAGCUCUUCACUGGGGGUGGGCUGCCCACCAGUGGAACCGGGGUGCUCAGGUCCCCCACUUUGGACUGGCAGCUUCUCCUACCCAUUCCGGAGAAAAGAGGAGGGUCCCCAAACCCCGCUCUGUGUGUGGGCCUCACCUCCAGCUCCCUGCCUGGUCUAAGCAGCUGGACGGACACACAGACGGUGGCCUCCCCGACCCGCUGCUGAGCUGCAGGGGAGCGGACGGGCGCCACCACCUCUGGCGAGACCCACCUCCUCUGGCCUGCUCCGCCUCGCCGAAAUCAGAAUAAUCUGUGGUGAUUUGGA